AGCCUCACCGCUCGUCUCCUGCUGCACCGAGUGACACACACACACACACAGCACACCGGAUUUGCGUUGGCUCAUUUCCUGCUGAAACGAGCGGUUCAGUGUUAGAAGCUACCUUUGGUUGUGCUCCCCUGGACUGGACUGGGAACGGGAAGGACACCACUCCCUCUCUUCCACCUCUGCUCGCCUCCAUUUGAGUUUUCAGGCCAAGAGAGAUUCGGCUCAGUGAAAGGGAAGCUGAAUUGAAGGGGAGUGCGCCGAGAUGGAGCAUAUCGCGAGGUUCUUCUUCGGAGUUUCCGGAAAUGUCAUUGCGCUCUUCCUCUUCCUGUCGCCUGUCGUCACCUUCUGGAGGAUCAUCCGGAAGCGGUCGACGGAGGACUUCUCCGGCGUGCCCUACAACAUGACGCUGCUCAACUGCCUCCUAUCGGCUUGGUACGGUUUGCCGUUCGUGUCCCCGAACAACAUCCUGGUGACGACGAUCAACGGGACGGGGUCGCUGAUCGAGGCCAUCUACGUGGUGAUCUUCCUCAUCUUCGCAGAGCGUCGGAUCCGGCUCCGGAUGCUGGGCCUCCUGGGCGUCGUCACCUCCAUCUUCGCCGCGGUGGUGCUCAUCUCGCUGCUGGCCCUCCACGGCAACGGCCGCAAGAUCUUCUGCGGCCUCGCCGCCACCAUCUUCUCCAUCUGCAUGUACGCCUCGCCGCUCUCCAUCAUGAGGCUGGUGAUCAAGACGAAGAGCGUGGAGUUCAUGCCGUUCCUGCUGUCCCUGUCCGUGUUCCUCUGCGGCACCUCCUGGUUCAUCUACGGCCUCCUCGGCCGCGACCCCUUCAUCAUUAUUCCCAACGGGUGCGGGAGCUUCCUGGGCCUGACGCAGCUGGUCCUGUACGCCAUGUACCGGAAGAACAAGGGCCCCGCCGCGCGGCCCGGCAAGGGGGAGGCCGCCGCCGCCGCCGCGGAGGUGGAGGACGCCAAGAAGGUGGCCGCCGCGGUGGAGCUGGCCGACGCCACGACCAACAAGGUCGCCGACACCGUCGCCGACGGCAAGGUCGCCAGCCAGGUGUAGGCGCGCUGCUCUGUGCACCGCGAGGCUUGCUGGUUGGGAGGAGGGGGUGCGUGGUGGCCGUGUCAAGCAGCCUGAAAAACGGUUAAACGGGGCUGCCUGAUGGAUGGAUUGUUAGUUUGCUGAUGAUGAAUUGAAGCGGAUUGUUGCUGCUUUUCUUUGCCUUUUGCGCUGUCACACACUGAUAAAAUGUACCUUCUGGGAGAGCUGACACGGUGUUCUCAAGUCGUGCCUCUGCAAGUGUGAAGUUUUCUUUUGUUUCCCAAUGUUUUUCUGUUUUUGUCUCUCCCACUGUUUCUCUGAAAAAAAUUUGUACUGAUCCUUUGUAAGAAACUGACCUGCAAGUUAUGUGUGUGAUCAUUUGCCUAAA